GGGAGAGAGAAAGGUAAAGAAUUGAGCGAAAAUGUCCAAGCGCAAGAAGGGAAUGUCGGCGGACGAGAAGAGGUCGGCUCUGUUGGAGAUUUUUCACGACAGUGGAGAGUUCUACCAGCUUAAGGAUUUGGAACGGAUUGCCGCCAAGGAGAAGGGCCUCAAGGAGCAGCUGGUGAAGGGACUGUUGCAAUCGUUGGAGGAUGAAGGGCUGGUCGAGGCGGGGAAAAUUGGCCAAUCUACGUACUAUUGGUCAUUUCCUGGGAAAAGACAGAAAAUUAAGCAGCUCGAGAGCGAGGAAUUGCAACGAAAAGUGAAAAAUUGUGACUCCAAAAUUGAGGAUCUCCGAAGAAAGGUUGAAGAGGCGAAGACCAAUCAAGCGCAAUCGUCCAAAGCUGCUGCAACCUUCGAAGAGUUAAAAGUUCUUGAAGAAAAAGAAGCUAAACUGCAAGCAGAGAUCCAAAUCUUGAAGAAAGAAGAUAAAGGUUCCUUAAAGCAAAUGAAACAGUCACUUCCGAAACUGCACGAGGCGGCCAACCGGUGGACGGACAACAUUUUUGCCAUCAAAUCGUGGUGCCGGAAUAAGUUCAACAUCGAGGAGAAGGCGAUCGACAAGCAGUUUCAGAUUCCGCCGGAUAUGGAUUAUUUGGAAUAAAGCGAAAACUUGUUGU